GGAUUAAAAACGGGGUCACGAUCAGGCGCGUGGAUUGACGUGGCGAUUCAGAUUCCCAAUCAAAUCUGGACGAGCAAAAUUUCCUCUGAUAUUGGCAUCUUCCAUUUACUAACUCCUGAUUUACGGUUAAAACUCCUCUUCCCUCUCUCCGACGUUUCUCGUCGGAAAUUUGGGUUUAGUUUGUUCUGCAGAUCGGAAGAGAUUCUAUUGGUGCGGCGUUGACUCGAUUUUCUUCUAUAAUCGUGCGAUAAUGAAGCAGAAGGGCCAGCAUAAGAAGAAGAAGAAGCGAUCCUGCGCCGCGAAAUCUUCCGGUGAUGGAACGGCGUCGGACGGGAACAAAAAAGAUGUGGAGGAGGAGAGGAAAGACGGUGAAGGUACGAAGGAGUUAGAAAAAGUUGAAAAAAAAAUUAUCGAAUCGUUAAUGGAAGCCUUUUGCUCGGUUUCAAUGGAGGAAGCGAUGGCUGCUUAUAAAGAAGCAGGCGGAGAUCUGAACAAAGCCGCAGAGAUUUUGUCGGAUCUGGUGGAAAGCGGCGAUGAUCCGUCGACGAGUUCGGUGGCGAGUGGUUCUUCGGGUCAGGAGACCGCGUCUACCUCUGAGUAUGGGGCUGGUUCAAGCUCUAGCUGUAGCGAAGAUUUGACUAGAGAUAGAUGGUUUAAGGGAAACAAGCAGAGUAGAGUUAUUGCUGCUACAGGGAUGGUUUCUUCUGUGAUUGCUAAGGAUUACUUGAAGCCAAACUCUGUGCGAAAAGAGUUUCCUAUGAUGGAAAGGUCUAAAGAGCUCUGUGGGAACGGGAAAAAAGCUGCGGAUAGAGAGAAAGCUGAACAGUUUCUGAAUUCAAUGCUUGGAGAUGAUUGCGAGCUUAGCAUGGCUGUUGUUAGAGAUGUUUUGUGUCAAUGUGGCUAUGAUGUCGACAUGGCUUUGAAUGUCUUGCUUGACAUGUCUUCUUCAUCAACUGAUGAUUCAUUGAGUGGUAAAUGUUUCGGCAUAGGCGCCAGCGGUAGUCUGGCAGAGACAUCUUUUGAUACUGAUACUUCUGAAAGUGAACUUUUCUGGGGUGUAGAUAGUCAAAGGGAUUACGCAAAAGCUCUCAUGAGUUCUGAAGAUCCUUUUGCAACUACCCAAGGAAUUGAUGAGCUUGGUCUUCCACAAAAAGUGUUGGAGUCUCUGUUCAACAUUCGCCAGAGUCCUAAACAUGAACCAAAGACAAUGAGUUGGAGGAAUGUGGCAAAGAAAAUGCAGUCACUUGGCAUUGAUACUUCUUCAUCUAGUGGGGAAGAGCCUCAGCCUAAUACGUUUGGCUCCGAGCUUCUGAUGUAUGUUGUUUUACCCGAUGAAACACUUGUGAAGGAUGACAGUUAUCAUGAACUUAGAAAAGGUGCAAAUGACCAGUGGAAUGUUACGAAGUCCUACUAUCAAAAAGCUGCUGAAGCAUAUUCAAAAGGAGGGAGGGCUCAUGCGGCUUACCUUUCUGACAAGGGGAGGGUGGCAUCUAAAUUAGCUCAACGGGCUGAUGAGAGGGCAAGCCAAGAUAUAUUCGUCGCAAGAAACAAAGGUAUAGAGAAUGUGGUAACCAUUGAUCUGCAUGGUCAGCAUGUUAAACCAGCAAUGAAGCUACUGAAGCUACAUCUCUUAUUUGGAUUAUAUGUUCCUUCCAUUCAGACACUACGAGUGAUCACAGGAUGUGGAGCUUCUGGGUUUGGGAAGUCUAAGGUGAAACAAUCAGUGAUAAAGCUGCUAGAAAGAGAAAAGGUUGGGUAUUGUGAAGCUUUAGAUCUUAAAGUUUAUAUCUGUUUGUCUAUAUCUGAUGCUAGCUCUGUUUGUUAA